AUGGAUACGGAGCGAUUCCGACGAGCCGCGUAUGAUGCCAUUGACCGCAUAUGUGACUACUUUGAGAAUCUGGAAUCUAUGCCAGUGACUGCACAGGUCGAGCGCGGGUACCUCGCCGAAUGCCUGCCAUCCCACGCACCUGAGCACGGAGAGGACUGGCGCGAUAUUAUGCGAGACUAUGACGAGCAUAUACUGCGCGGCAUCACGCACUGGCAGCAUCCCAUGUUUUAUGGCUUCUUUCCGGCAAAUACAUCGUACGAAGGAAUCCUGGCCGAUAUGCUGGCCGCGAUGACAUCCAACCCCGGCUUCAAUUGGAUCGCUUCACCAGCCGUUACGGAGCUCGAGUUUGUUGUGGCUGACUGGAUUGCAAAGAUGCUAGGUCUCUCUCCAUCAUUUUAUGUCUCUGAGCGUUCCAACAAUGGCGGCGGUCUGAUCUUUGGCUCAGCGAGUGAAUCUACCCUGACAAUGGCCAUUGCCGCCCGUGAACGCGUGUUACAUGCGAUCAGCAAAAAGACGGGUGAAGAUGCAGAGACAGUGCGCAGCACAUGGCUUACGAGGCUUGUCAUGUACUGUUCGGACCAGGCACAUUCUUCAGGCGUCAAAACUGCUCGCAUCCUCGGUCUUCGAUGCCGCGUUUUACCCGUUUCACGAGAGCAUAUGUACGCCUUACGUGGCGACACACUACGCAACGCAUUAGAAGAAGAUGUCAAAGCCGGAUACUUGCCAUUUUAUGUGCUCACGACGUACGGUACGACCAACUCGUGCGCCGUGGACCAUUUUGACGAGAUCAGGGCGGUCAGUCGAGCAUAUCCCGAACUGUGGCUGCAUGUGGAUGCAGCCUAUGCGGGGGUCACAUGGUCCUUACCAGAAAUGCGCGACGCGUCUCUUGACGCCAUCAAUGAAGGCUUUGACUCGGUCUCUACCAACCUGCACAAGUGGGGACUCGUACCAUUCGAGUCCUCACCGACAUUUGUCCGUGAUAGGAUGCAUCUGGCUGCCGCCUUGACCCUCACCCCUGAAUACCUCAAGACCAAGGAUGGCGAUAUGCAUCCGCUAUCGGACCUGCGCAACAUGCAGCUGUCGCUCGGGCGUCGUUUUCGUGCGCUCAAAGUCUGGUUUGUUCUCCGCAGCUACGGCGUGCUAGGCUUCCAACAGCAUUUGCGCUCACAUAUAUCCCUUGCGCAGCACUUUGCUGACGCCAUUGUACAAAAAGGCGUGUUUGAGCUCGUGUGUCCGCCACGCUGGGGGCUCGUUGUAUUCCGCCUCGUGGGCCCCGAUAAUGUGGAGAAACUCAAUCGUGCCUUUCAACAGGUACUCUUGGCACAUUCACGCGACAUGUUUCUCACGCCGACCGUGCUGCCAGAAGUAGGCUACUGUUUCAGGCUUGCUCUAGGAUCGCCGCAUGUGCAAGCACAUCAUGUCGACCGGACAGUACGUCUGCUCCACGAGUAUGCAGAGCACGUACGUAUAUAG